AUUGAACACCUGAUCCACUGAUACAAACCCUGCCGGGUAGUUUUUCCCCAUUUAGUAGUAAUCGGGCGGUCGAUGCGGAUGAACUUAAAGUUUUACAAUUAACGGCAGCAGUGCACCUAAAAAGCUGUAGUAGUAAAAUCAAAACGACGCGUAAAUACAAUGUGGCUCUUGUUUUUGCUCGCAGCGGUUUUGUGUUUGGCGUGGGGGAUCUAUCGAAGGUUUGCAAGAACUUUGGAGGUGUCCGGCCAGUAUACGGGACCACCGGCGUUACCGAUUCUGGGCAAUGGACUGUGGUUCCUCAACAAGCAGCCCGAUGAGUUUCUUUCAAUUAUUCAGCGCCUAACAGAUGAAUACAGCGAUGUGUUCCGUUUUUGGCAAGGACCCGAGUUCACAUUGUACGUUGGCAGACCAUCCAUGAUCGAAACCAUCCUGACCAACAAAAACUUGACGAACAAAUCGGGUGAAUAUGGCUACCUUUCGAACUGGUUAGGUGACGGUUUGCUGCUCAGUAAACGGAAUAAAUGGCACGCUCGACGAAAAGCGAUCACUCCAGCGUUUCACUUCAAGAUACUCGAACAGUUUGUCGACGUAUUCGAUCGCAAUGCCGCUGAACUGGUGGACGUUCUAGGAAAGCAUGCCGACAGUGGUAAAACGUUCGAUAUUUUUCCAUACGUGCUGUUGUACGCUCUGGAUGUUAUAUGUGAAAGCGCAAUGGGGACAUCAGUGAACGCUCUCCGCAAUGCCGAUUCUGAAUAUGUUCUGGCAGUCAAAGAGGCAGCAAACGUAUCGAUCAGGCGCAUGUUCGACUUCGUACGCCGAACGCCAAUGUUUUAUUUAACCCCCAGCUACCAAAGGCUAAGAAAAGCACUAAAAGUUCUUCAUGGAUACACGGAUAACGUCAUUAAAUUCCGUAGGAGAGAACUUACGAACAAAACCCAUGAUAAACGUACAGAUUCAGAUGAUUUUGGAUCAAGAAGAAAAGAUGCAUUCCUCGAUAUGCUCCUACAAACAAGUAUCAAUGGCAAACCGUUGACCGAUUUGGAAAUCCGAGAAGAAGUGGAUACUUUCAUGUUUGAAGGACACGACACGACGGCUUCGGCGGUGGUCUUCACCCUUUUCAAUAUUGCCAAGCACCCCGCGAUACAACAAAAAGUGUACGACGAGAUUGAGUCGAUUUUAGGAAAGGACCCUUUGAAACCAAUUGCGUUAUCGGAUUUGCAUGAUCUUUCCUAUCUGGAGAUGGUAAUCAAGGAAACACUCAGGCUGUACCCAUCGGUACCAUUGAUUGGUCGGAGGUGCGUUGAAGAGACCACCAUUGAAGGGAAAACUGUACCGGCCGGUGCCAAUAUUAUCAUCGGUGUCUUCUUCAUGGGUCGGGAUCCCAACUAUUUCGAAAAUCCACUGGAGUUUAUUCCAGAACGGUUUUCCGGGGAAACAUCAGUGGAAAAGUUUAACCCGUACAAAUACAUCCCGUUCAGUGCCGGUCCCCGAAACUGUAUUGGUCAGAAGUUCGCUCUCAACGAAAUGAAAAGUGUGAUAUCGAAACUUUUACGCCACUAUGAAUUCAUCCUACCGGCUGGCAAUACCAACGAACCUCUGCUCGCAUCUGAGUUGAUUCUGAAACCCCACCACGGAGUUCCACUACAGAUCAGACGCAGAGGUCUCUUGCCCUUUAAGGACCAACAUUCCUGAAAAGGCUUAUGUACCAUGGGCCUUUGCUCUUGUUGAUAUAUGUAUAAGUAGAAUUCAAAAAUAAAUAAAGAAUACAACCGAAUCACCGUGCUGAUUUAACUAAUUAA